AAAACCACUGCGGCCUACUCCCUUUCCAAGGCAACGGGGCGCCUCAUUGUCGUGGUCCUUCCUGAUUUCAGCCACAUUGCAUCCUAUGGGGACUGCUGGGUGGGGAGGAAUGGCCAAUCUGAAUACAGGUUUUGGCACCAUUGGCGUUUAAUCUACCAUGGGAAGAGUAAUGGCUCUAAAACAGCCCCUUUCCCUAUGUUUGAGAAAGGCCUGCGCUUGAGAGAAAAUGCUCAUGUUUGGGAAAAAGAGUUGUUCCAGAGAAAAGAAGUUAGGUAAAGGUAAAGGUUUCCCCUGACGUUAAGUCCAGUCGUAACCGACUCUGGGGGUUGGUGCUAAGCCGAAGAGCCGGUGUUGUCCGUAGACACCUCCAAGGUCAUGUGGCCAUGGGCAUGACGGCAUGGAGCGCCGUUACCUUCCCGCCGGAGCGGUACCUAUUGAUCUACUCACAUUGGCAUGUUUUCGAACUGCUAGGUUGGCAGAAGCUGGAGCAACAGCGGGCGCUCAUUCCGCUCCCGGGAUUUGAACCUGGAACCUUUCGGUCUCUUCGCCACUGUCUUUACAAACUCCAGAAUCCUCCUUAAAAGGUUCUGAUGGUUAGAGAAAGAGCUUUUCAGCACGCAUGCGCAAUACGAUUUGCCCUUACCCUCGCAGCUUCUAGGCUUUAAAGGAAUCCGUCCAAUCAAAGCGGGGCUUGCUAGAGAGAGGCGGACCUGCGGAGAAACAUCGUCCAAUAGAAAGCUGCGUUUGAUGUGAAGGAAGUCCGAGAGCUGACGAAUGCACGGAGGAGGAAGGCGAAGCAACAAACGGAAGGCUUUGCUAUGUAUUUAGGCCGCGGCUCUAACCCUGUGGCAGUCUGAGAGUUUUCUUCCUUCUCUCCCUUCGCAAUGAACUCUCUGGAACAGGCAGAAGAUCUCAAGGCUUUUGAAAGGAGGCUGACUGAAUACAUUGCUUGCCUACAGCCAGCAACUGGACGAUGGAGAAUAAUUCUUAUAGUGGUAUCUGUCUGUACAGCAACGGGGGCAUGGAACUGGCUAAUCGACCCUGAAACACAGAAGGUAUCUUUUUUCACCUCUUUAUGGAACCAUCCGUUCUUCACCAUCAGCUGUGUUACUCUCAUAGGGUUGUUUUUUGCUGGAAUACAUAAAAGAGUGGUGGCGCCCUCAAUCAUAGCGGCUCGAUGUCGGACGGUCUUGGCAGAAUACAACAUGUCUUGCGAUGAUACUGGAAAGUUAAUAUUGAAACCCCGGCUUCAUGUCCAAUGACACACGGUUUGCCUUCAGCUCUGUCUGCCAUCAUGCAAACAUGACACAAAGGACUUUUCCUCAACACAGUGAGGCCAAAAAGGACUGUGCAAUGUGCCCACAUGUGUAUGGCGGUGUCUGAAUGGUUGACUGCAGAUGUGGGAAACAUUGGCUAUGGUGAAUCUCCUUGCCUUUUUUUCCUGCGUCCUGUGCGUUUGCAGUAUUGGUAUCCCUUUAACACAGAAUAUGGGACUCGCUUGUUUUUAUAAAUGUACAAAUCACUGUAAAUAGAAAAUGGAACUAGUAUUUGAAGAACGUACAUUUGCCAUUUACGUUGCUUUUACCAGUACAAUUAUUGAUAACCUAAUCCAAUUCCUGGCUUAUCUUGUCCGCCACCAGCAGCAAAGCCCUAUCUUCAUGAUAACGUCGCUGUACAUGUUAGUUUUUGUCGCAUAGGAUACAAUGGCCUCGUUCACACAAAGAGUCAGCCAGAAUUUAUUUGUUAUUUGGGUUUGUUUCUGUAUCCUACCCUGUUUGCGAGUUACAAACCAGGAAUUGGAUUGUCAUGUAAUGUUGGGCUGUUUCUUUCUAAUGAUUUUAUUAUUACGGACCUCUGUUCAUGGGAGGAACCAAUUAGGAAAAACUGGGCAGCCUGCAGGAGCAUAUUGCUUAUGAAUCUUGAAUUCUGGCCUAUCGUUUCAAGCAAAUAUAACCAGAAGGACUUAAGUUCCCUGUUUCUACCUGGAGCUUUUGAAUAAAUACAGUGCAUUAUGCCUGAAAGUUACACUGUGAUCCCCAUGAAACUAGUAUUGCUCAACUUCAAAAUUGUACUGUAAAAGAAAGUGCCACAAGUGUAUUUACACUUAGGAUUGAUUUAGGCUGUCCUUUGUGUCCUUCUUGGGUCUAGCGAAGGCUUAAUGCUGUCUGCCCAAACAUUAUGAGGAAAUUGGGAAUAUUCUACAGACUUACAUUGUCUUUUCCAUCUAAUUUUUAAAAAUCCAUUAGUAGGUUUGUUUCAUACAAAACCAGUAUCAAAUUCGUUCUAAGUUGUGUUUUGGGGUUGCCUUUGGUUAGCAGAAGUUUAAUGCUUUGGCAGGACAAUGAAUACAAAGGAGUGGCCGAUGCCUUGGAGAAUGUGUAAGUUUCUAGCAUUCUUUUGUUCAGAGCAUAUUUUGAGUAAUUAGGCACCAUUACAUUUUCCCUAAUGAGGCCAUGUUGAAACUUGACUAUUUUUCACAAGGCUAAAAAAAAAGCUUUGUCAAAAGGAUGCUGGCCUUUGGGUUCAAUCCUAGCUUCUUAAAUUGGCUUCAGAAUUGAAUUUAUUAUACAGAGUGUGAGAGGUGGAGUCCUGAAACCAACUACAUUGUGCAGAGGUAAAAAUUGGAGCUUAGAAAUGUCAUUUUGAGAAAUGUGGUCCAAAUAAGUAACUUUCCAAGUUCUGGCAGCAGCGAAACUACAAUCAGACUCUCCCCAUUGUUACAUAAAAGUGUUAGAAAACAAAAAAUAGUGACUGUUGUACGCAGUAUGUACAGGGUAUGAUCCUGAAAUAUUGUCAAAAUUUUUUUAAAAUCCAUGAUGUGCCUUUUUUUUAAAAAAAAAGCCCUGAUCGAAGCUAUUUUAAGUAGUAUAAAGCUUUAAGAGCCCAGCGGUGUGAAGCAUGUCUUCUAUCAAUCAAGAAUUACCUUUUAAAGUUCCUAGAAACCCAAACUAUAGUCGCAUCAAUGGAUUUUGUACGAUCCCAGCAAUCAAACCUUGUGCUCUCCUACAUAUCUCUUGUCCCAUCACUGUUUUAAAGUUGCUCUGUGUUUUUGCAGGAAAUAUGUAUUGAAUAAAUAUUUUAAGUAUAA